CUAUAGCAACGAAUGUUUUGUUUUCAUUGUUACUGCUAUCGUAAUCUAAUAAGUUUGUCGGUGUCUCACUGAGUUUUAAAGUUAUAACUUCAAUGAAAGACAGUGAAAUCACAAAGUUUUUAGUGUCAUUUACGGGUCAGAUUGAAUAUGUGACUUUUCCUGGUGGUGUAUUUGACGACCAAUUAUAUGUACAGUAUGAAACAGUUUGGGGACCUGAUUGGGAGCCUGUUUCUGGUCUUACAUCUGGCUCCAGUCAAAUGGCACGUUGUGGGAUUGAUCCCGAACGAGUCGUAUUUAAUUUACCUUUAGAAAUGGUUUUUAAUAGCACUAAUGUGUCGGGUUGGCCACAGAUAAUUAUUACUGUGAAGGCCCAGAACACAAUCACAGGAGAUGCUUUGCGGGGCUAUUCUUUAUUUCUGUUGCCUCCUACUACUGGGCUGGGUUUGACCUCAGCCCCCCUAGUCAGACCUCUCGCAGCCACACUGCUGGGUGAAUGGGUUGCCUGGAUUACUGGCCGAUAUCCAGAACUGUCAGACCCAAGAAUGUUGGCUAGUGGCAAAGAUAAUUACUUACUAAGGACGGAGUCUUACGGUAGUGUGACAGUUUCAUUGUCUAUGGUGUCAAAGGACCUACGGAAACUGGGCUAUGACAAUCAGCCUCCUGUUUAUAAAUUGGUUGCUGAUUUUCAAUGAAUGCUUGCAAAUGCAUUUCGACAUUAAAAUAAUUUAAUAAUUUUAAGUUGAAUUUUAUCGUAACGUUAGUAAUGCCAUCUAGUGUAUAGUCAAAAGAAACAAACAUAAGGGUGUACACAAUUUAAAUAUUUUAAAA